UAAAAUCCUCCUCUCCAAAGUGGACACGAAUUCUCUCUUCCAACUUGUGCCUCUCCUCCGGGGUCUGCCUCGCCACCCCCGGAGAUUUCUCCUCCGAUGUGAGCGUGAGAGAGGGAACUGUGACGAUGACCUCGUCGAUGCGGUCGUUCAACUGGAAGUUCUCCCAGGUGUUUGGCGAGAGGCAACCCGGAGAGAAGGUCGAAGAAAUAGACAUAAUAUCAGCGGUCGAGUUUGAGAGUAGAGGGGACUAUCUUGCAACUGGAGAUCAUGGUGGUCGUGUUGUCCUUUUUGAAAGGACAAAUGGAAAAGAUCUACGAUCUAGGAAAGAGUUGGAGCAUACAGACUCUUCUGUUACCUCUCAUCCUCUAUAUUCUUACAAGACAGAGUUCCAAAGUCAUGAGAUAGAGUUUGAUUACCUUAAAAGUUUGGAAAUUGGAGAAAAGAUCAACAAGUUGAGAUGGUGUGCCAGCUCCAAUAACUCUCUGUUCAUUCUUUCUACAAAUGACAGGACGAUUAAACUAUGGAAGGUUUCAGAUCAUAGAGUAAAGAAGAUUAUAGAAAUGGACUCAAAUGCACAUAUAUCCUCAGAAAACGCGCUUCUGUCUGAGAAGAGUUUCUUGACUGACCAAAAGAUACAAUCUGUUCCAAAUGGUUACCAUCUUGAAUGGAUAACUAAAAAGCCAAAGAGUACAUUUCCAACAUAUAAAGAAAGUCCCAAAAUGAUGUUUCAGUUUGGAGAGUGUGCCUCCUCAAGGUGUCGAAGGGUUUAUUCCCAUGCUCAUGACUACAACAUUAAUUCUAUAUCAAUUAAUAGUGAUUGCGAGACAUUCUUAUCUGCAGAUGACCUCAGAAUAAACAUGUGGAACCUUGAAGUUGGCAAUCAAUGUUUCAACAUUAUUGAUUUGAAGCCUUUGGACAUGGAGGAUCUCGUAGAGGUAAUAACAUCGGCCGAGUUCCAUCCAGCAUACUGCAAUCUCUUAGCUUACAGCAGCUCAAGAGGUUUUAUACGGUUGGUCGACAUGCGGCAGUCAGCAUUAUGCGACCAGAAUGCAAGAAUUUUUCAAGACCGUGAUGCUCAUGGAUCUAGAUCCUUUUUCACAGAGAUAGCUGCUUCUAUCUCUGAUAUAAAGUUUGCUAAAGAUGGAAGACAUAUUUUAACUCGUGACUACAUGAACCUAAAGUUGUGGGACCUGCAUAUGGAAAGCUCUCCUAUAGUUAGUUUUAAGACACAUGAGUUUCUUCGUCCUAAGCUAUCAGAGCUAUAUAAUGGUGACUUCAUUUUUGAUAAAUUCGACUGUUGCCUAAGCAGGGAUGGACGCCACUUUGCUACUGGAACAUACAGCAAUACUUUCAAAGUUUUCUGUCAUGAUGGUGGGCAUACCGAUGGUACCAGAUUGGAAGCCAGCAAAAACCCGAACAGGGUAUCCCAUAGUCAAGAAUGCCAGAAAAAUGCAGGAUUGCUGACCUUCUUUGCUCGUGGACUCCACCGGCGAGGCCAUGAGAAUUCAAGGUUUGAUAGUAGCGAUGAGAUUCCAUGUGACUUGGAUUCAAAACUGAUCCACUUGGCAUGGCAUCCUACAACAAACUUGAUAGCUUGUGCAGCAAAAUGCAGCUUGUACACGUAUUAUGCAGAGAGCAGUUUUAACGCCUAGUUAAAGUUGAAUGUUGCAUGCACAAAAAAACGCCAGGACAGAGAGACGAGCAGGUAGCCAUCUUGCUGAACCGAGAGACAGUAUUUAAAAACCUAGAUGAGGCAAGAGGAUGCUUUUCUGGGGCAUCGGUGAUUAGUAGAUAUUGGCAAGCGUCUGCUGCAAAUCCUUGGAGGAGCGUAGUUGUUGAGGGGCUCUCAGAAAUUUGUCACCAGUAGCAGUCAAACUCAUGCCAUUCUAAUAGGUUUCUGCGGCAGCCGUUCAUUGAAGGGGGCGUGUGACCGCCGUCCCUCUUCGGUGGUUGGACAUCAGAGAAGGUGACUCCAAACAAAUGGUUUGGCUUCAGGUAGAUAUGCUUGUAUGAAAGCCACAUUAUUACUAAAUCAUUUGUGAUAAACAAAUGAGGGUGUCUGAAGUCUGCUGCAAAGCAUGUCGUCGUUAGCGUCCUCUGUGUCUGCUGCUUCUGUAACAAUAUCCCGUAAUUAGUAAAUUAUGCAUGCGACUGAUA